AUGAGGCAAUUAAACUUGUUCAGGUGGUUGAUGAUGAACCCCCCCCUGUUUUCCUCUCCCAGUCUGGUCCUAUCCCUUUACUCCCGCUACGCCCCCGUGCACCCGUUGCUGCUGCAGCAGGAAGCAGCGGAGGCCGCAGCAAACAGAGCAGCAGCAGCAGCAGCAGAAGGGGAAGAGGGCCCCACAGCGGUUUCCUUUUCAGGUGUAUCUACAGCCAAAGUUAGCCGCUCUGCCUGCGACGUCUUCGCCCCUCAGAGCCUCGUGGAGCAGCUGACUUGUCCUAUAUGCCUUGACUCUACAAGGCUGCUGCAGCCGCUUCUAUCGCAUGCGGUGCUGCAGCAGCUGCAGCACCUGCAGCAGCAGCAGCAGCAGGAGCAGCAGCACGAAGACCAACACCAACACCAACAAGGCAACCUGCAGCUGCAGCAGCAGCAACAGCAACAGCAACAGCAGCAGCAGCAGCAAUACGCAGCGGAAGAUGAGGUUCUCCUGCAGCAGCAAGAGCAGCAGGACCGUGAAGACGAAGGGCAGCCGCUGCUGCUGCAGCAGCAGGAGUAUCAGGAUUUGCUGCAGCAGCAGCAGCAGCUAUUCGAGGGCGACAACGGGGGAUUGCUGCAGCUACAGCACAUCAACCAGCAGCAGCAGCAGCAACCACAGCAGCAGGGAGAGGAGGAAGAGAUGUCGCUAGCAGAAGAAUUAAAUAGCCUUCGCUCGUUUUGCUUCUCAGAAGCACAAACCGCAAAAGGGGCAGCUUUGCUGCAGCGACUUAUUGAUCAACAGCAGCAGCAGCAGCAGCAGCAGCAAAGCAGCAGCCAGAUUGAGCGUUUCUAUGAACGUUUUUAUAAAGUAGAUGUUCAGCAUCUGGGCCCCAUGGAGCAGCCAAAGUCGGCAGCAGCAGCAGCAGGCAAUCCAGCAGCAGCAGCAACAUCUCGAGCAGGAGCAGCAGCAGCGGGAGCAGUGGAGGCAGCAGCAGCAGCAGGAGCAGCAGGAGCAGCAGGAGCAGCAGAAGGAGGAUGGUUCUGGCUGGUGCAGCAUCAGCAGCAGCAGUGCGAGUACACCCCAUGCCGGUUUGCAUGCAUGGGCUGCUCAUAUUUGCUGCGGAGAAGAGACAGGGGGUUGGUGAGGGAGCUUGUGCAGCUGCACAGUAAAGCAGCAGCAGCAAACAGACAGCUUAUGCUGCUUAGAGAGGAAAAUCAGAAACGACCUGCUGCUGCUGCUGCUGCUGCAGCAGCAGCCGCUGCUGCUGCUGCUGCUCCCGGUGCAGACUCCCCCGCAGCUCCGAAUUCUUCUGCGGAAGCAACGGGCAGUGACAGCAGCAGCAGCAGCAGCAGCAGCAAGGAGGGGGUGUGUGAGCCUGCAGCAGAGACAGCGGCGGAUGCUGCUGUUGCUGCUGCUGCUGCUGACGCUGCUGCUGCAGCAGCAGAGAGUGAAAUGGAGUUGAUUAGGGAGCUGCAGAGGUUGCGAAGGGAGAGCAAUUUGCUGCUGAGAGAAAUACAAGAGGCGAAGCAGCAGCAGCGAAGAAAGCUGCAGCAGCACGAAGCCGCAUGCAAACGGAGACUGGUUAAGUGCGGCUGCUGCUUAAAAUAUAUUACUCUAGAACAUGCGCAGACUUUGCAAGACUGGUCCAGUGCGCAGCAGCAGCAGCAGCAGCAGAAACAGCAGCAGCAGCAGCAGAGACGGCAGCAGCAGCACGCCACCACCGCCGUCGAGGGAGGUGCUGCUGCAGCAGCAAACGGCAGCGAGAGCAGCGCGUCUUCUGCUGCAGCAGCAGAAGCUCCAGCAGGAACAGCAGGAGGCAUACGAAGUAGCGGAACAGCAGCAGCAGCAGCAGAGACUGCAGCAGCAGCACCGGCAGCACCAGAAGCCGCCGCUGCCGCAAGAACAGCACCCGAAACAACAGCAACAACAGCAACAGCAGCAGCAGCAGCAGCAGCAGAUCGUGCUGCACGCCGCCAGAGAUACUUUUCAUUAUUAGAGUCAUCUGGGGCUUCGUGUUUAUUUGGUGGGGUUGGUGAAGUUAGCACUGCGCUGUCUCCGGAGUUGCAGCAAACCCUCUUAGACCCUUUCGCUCCUGCUCUGCCCUGCAUAGCGCAAACGGAGCGAGAGUUGGAGCAGCGAGUUGAGGAUGAAGGGUUUGAUGUGGGGGCGUUUCACUGCGAAGGUCGGGUGCCGAUUUGUUCAAAGAAAUGCCCCGUGUUGGAGCCUCAAAGGCUUCGCACCGAGCUGCACGAGGCUCUGCUGCUGCUAGGGGCUACUUGGUCGCUGGGCCUGCCUUUGUCUUUCUUGCUGGGGGUGGGAGUGGCGAGGGCUUCGCAGUCUCUCUUAGAAAAAUUUGAAUUUCUUUUUCCCUCCAUUGCCUCUUUUAUUGGCGGUAUUUGCAGCGGCUUUUUUAGAAUUCCUAUUGAGGCCUUCAGCGUCAUGAGAGGCUAA